AUGUCUGCGAACAGCAGCACCGAUGAGAAUGAUCCACUGGCAUCAGCAUCGACAGGCCACGAUCAUCUGACUGCCCUGCCGCUCGAGCUCCUCAACUCCGUCUCUUCGUACCUUUGGCCUGAUCAUGACCCCGAUCUGGCCUUUCAUCCUGAGCGCCGACUCCUCCCGUGCUGUCAUUCCCUCGACUACCUGGCGGCGACCUCGCGGCAUAUGCGCGCCGCUGUGAACGCGUGGGCUCAGUCUUACCUUCUCCAGCACGCCACACUUACUGGCUUUCAACAGGCGAUCAACAUCACCGAUACCAAGCAAAGCGACAAUGCGCCAGAGUCUAACUCUUUCGAUCAGGCAAAUCGCCUGCGCGGCGUGUCCGGUCUAUUGACCUUGUCCACAACGCGCUGCGUCUUUUGCGGCGAUGACUCUUCAUGUCGGAAAGCUAUUUUCGCCAACGGUAUCUGCUGCUGCGCCGCUUGCGAUGACAUUUUCUGGCCGGACAAAGUCACCAAGACAGCGGCCAGGUCGCAGUUCGCGCUGAAGGAAUCGGAUCUCUUCCCGAAGACUGGGUCUGGUAUCGCCGGAGGGAGAGUCGCAACUCCAGGUCUACAGCAUGGGACAUACGUAUCUCGGGGUUCUCCUGCGACCGUGUUCCUCAAGAACGAACUACAAGCCCUGGCGGAUGGCCUUCAUGGUAUAGGGUGGGAGGUCGAAAGGUCAGAGAAGGCGAUUCGCAGACGCAGCAAACGAGAUGUGCGCCUGAAUAUCGAACACGAUAUGGCGCACAAGCAGAUCGAGCUUCUUUACUCUCGAUCAAAUGACUUCGAUGGAUGGGCUCCAGGUGAUGAUGAAGAUCUGCUAUGCGAUGCGCCAGAAGGCUGGUCGGAUCUGUCCCAGGUGGUGAAGAGAAGGCUGCUUGGGGAGUUGCCAGGUGACUGGAUGAAAGAGCAAGAUGAGAGAUGGGAGAGGCAGUGGCGAAAGGAGCAAGACUUUGAACGUCGGAUCUUGGAGCAGGAUGCGGCGAUUGACUUGGAGCUCUUCAGUAACGAACCGCCGGGCUGGUUCGAGAUGACCAUCGCGGAACGAUAUAAUCUCUUCGUGAUCAGCAAGCUCGACCUCGACGCUCGAAUCUCGAAGCAGGAGCAGGAAGCAGAGUGUGAGCUCUUCGGUAACGAACCGCCAGGCUGGUUUGAGAUGACACCAGUGGAGAGGGAGGAACUGUUCGUCUUCAAAGAGGUUGUCUGGAAUUGA